AUGGCGAUGAAGCGCAUUGUCGACUGGCGCAAACUGCCAGUGAGCCUCACGGAACUCUGCAUUGACACAACCUUGCGGUGUGGCCAAUCAUUCAGGUGGCGGAAACUCAAUGAUGAAUGGACAUGUACCUUGCAUGGGAGGAUAUUGUCCUUGAAGCAAGAUGAAACUCAUCUACACUAUAAAGUGACUUGGCCAGAACACCGCACUGAGAGUAAAUCGUCCGGCAAAGACGUGCCAUUAGAGAAGGACGACACAGAAGAUCUCCUUCGCCACUAUUUCAGCUUAAACAUUGAUCUGGCUUCCCUGUAUCAGCAGUGGUCGAAGGAUGACCCAAACUUUCGGGAAAAGGCACCGCAGUUUACGGGGGUUCGGAUCCUGAACCAAGAUGCAUGGGAGGCGUUGAUAUCCUUUAUAUGCAGCAGCAACAAUAACAUAUCUCGCAUCUCUCAAAUGGUCCAUAAACUUUGCAAGCAUUACGGCCCGUUGAUUGGCCACAUAGAGGGCGAGGCCAUGCACGAUUUCCCAACCCCAGAGUCUCUAACGAAAAAGACAGUCGAAGCCCAUUUAAGAGAACUUGGCUUUGGGUAUCGCGCCAAGUACAUCGCAGAGACGGCUCGCAUCAUUGCCAAAGAAAAGCCUUCAGCAUGGUUGGACUCACUGCGCAACCCAGACUUCCCUGCAUUCAACGCCGUGGCAGUAGUCGAUGGGCCGCAAUCCACCUACAAAGAUGCACAGGCUGCGCUCCUCUCCCUCACUGGCGUAGGCCCAAAGGUAGCCGACUGUGUAUGCUUAAUGGGUCUAGGAUGGGGAGAAUCAGUCCCGGUAGAUACACAUGUUCUUCAGAUUGCGCAGAGGGAUUAUCGCUUUGGCAAAAAGGGCCCCAAAACGAUCAACAAGGUCAUGUACGAUGCGAUUGGAGAUCAUUUUAGAGGUAUAUGGGGCAAAUAUGCGGGCUGGGCCCAUUCAGUCUUGUUCACAGCCGACCUACGAGAGUUUUCAAGUCGUAUCAAGGGCGAAAAAGUUGAAGAACUACCGGAGAAAGAAGAUGCUCCAAUCUCAAAGAAGGGGUCUCCAAGGAAGAGGAAAGCAGCUGUUGAGGUAGAGUUAGAAAGUGUAGUGCUUGUGAAAGAGGAGGAUACAAAGGAGGGAGUCAUUCUAGAAGUAGACACGACAACCAAAAGGCGGCGAACAAGAGCUCGGCCAUGA